AGUUCAGUUCAGGUGGUCAUUUAAGACGGUUCAGUUUGUGGUCGAUAGUAAAUCUCCAACCAUGGUCAGCGCUGAUGAGUUGAACACAGCUUUACAAGCGUGCGGUUAUAGCUCGUUGGGUUACGAUGAAGCCCAGACCAUCGUCAAGCACAUCAAUGGGUCUAUCAGCAAUAAGAACGAAGCAGCAAUGUUUAUUGCCCAGCUGAUUCACGAGAGCGGUGGCUUCCAGCAUCGCGUUGAAACCGGAAGGGGACGCGGCUACGACUAUGGAAGCACCAGCUACUACGGCCGGGGUUAUCUUCAACUGACUCACGACUACAAUUAUAGGGAUGCUUCGUGGGACAUUUUCAAAGAUGAUCGACUGGUUAACAAUCCUGAUUUUGUGUCGAAUAGUGUGGAUAUGUCGAUGCGCGUUUCAGUGUGGUUCUGGGAGACGCGCGUUCGCCCAAAAGGAGGUCCUGCUGAUAAUAAUUUUGGUUUGACGACAAAAGCGAUCAACGGUGGUUUGGAGCCACCGGGCAGUUCCGGUGCAAUUAGACGUUUUAAUAUGUACAGAAAGGUUGCCGAUGCGCUGGGAGUCAGAAAUCCUGCGAGCCAAUAAGUGAAUUAGCAUCCUUGUAGUUUCACAAUCGUCGUGCGGGGCUUCUUCGGAAAUCGGGGGCUACAUUGGUAAUUUUGAAACCGGAAUUAUAACAUAAAUUAAAAUCAAAUUGCCACUAUCAACAAUCGUCGAGAUGCUUGUCGAUUGUUGAAAUGGCAACUUUUUGUUUCUGUAUUUUUUUUCGUUUACCUUUUUUAGAAAAUCAUAAUUUCAAAGUAGUCCCCGGACUCAAAAGAAGCCCCGCACGACAGUAUAGGAAACAUGUUCUAACUUAUGAGAGUUAAUGAAUAGAACACCAAUGUAAGCUAUAUUUUUGUAUUUUUUUUUAUUGUAGAGAAAUAAACAAUAUAGUGGAUCCACCAUUAU